AUGUCUGAUACGUCGAUUGAGACAAAACCUUCCAAACAGCAGCCCCAGAGCAGGUUGAAGCAAUUGACUUCUGGCUCGAGCUGGGUGUCUCCCUUUAGGGGCCAACCAGACGACGAACAAAACAGCUCGAAAAAGAAGACCAAUUUGCACAAGCAAUUGAGAGAGGACAACAAAUUAGACCAUAUUAGAGUCCCUGCCAAGUUUGCACACCAUCCAACAUUGGAGGCAGAAGCAAAGAAGAAUAAGAAACAGCAACAAUCUACUGCAAAGAAAACCACUCCAAAAACAACCACUACCAAGACUGCCGAAAAAAAACCAGCAGCUAAAGAAGUGAAAGCUACCGACGAAACCAAAGAAUCCGCAGAUGCUGUAGAAAAGAAACUCGACGACGAGUCUAAACAGUUGAAGAUAACCGAUGGUGAUGCCGAAAAUGUAACCGGUACAACUGAGACCAAUAAUACUGACACUACAAAAGACGUUAUAGAUGCUGAAGAUGCUGAAGAUGAAAGCAAGGAUGUCGAAGAACCAUUACAGGGCGAAGCAGCACUCAUCAAAGAUACAGAAGCCAACAACGAAACCAACAACGAAACCAGCAACGAAACCAGUGCCGUGAAACAGGCUGAAGCCGCAGCCGAAGAACACCACGAGAAGUUUGAAAAAGACAUUGAAGAAGCAAAAGACGAAAUCAAAAAAACCGAAGAAGCCAAACAGGAAGUCUUGCAAGGAGAUGACGAUAUCGAAAAGUUGGCAAAACAAGACUCUCAGGAAAUAGCUGCACCACCACAGACCAAGUAUGAACCUGUAGAAGCCCCAAACAAGGCAACAGUAGAGAAACUCAAGGAUAAGCCUGUUCUUUUGAAACACUACCAAGAACUUAACGCCGUUGCCUUGGGGUCACUUGCACACGACAUUGAUGACCCUAAAAAGGUUAUUGAGUUGGGCUCUGGUUUGAGAAUGACCCAAGAACAAUUGAUGGAAAUGGCAGCAAAGAGAGUUGCGCCCGUCAUCACCUCUAUCAACAGUGAAGUUUCGAAAACAAGACAAGAAGACGAGAUCAAGAGACAACAGCAAUUGGACCAAAAAGUCAAGAAACACGAGGGCAAGUUGAAAGGCGAGUUUGACAAGUACUUGGGCAAACUCAACAAGAAGAAGGAAGCUUUUAACCAAGAAAUUGAAAAGAAGUUGGCCAACAUUGAAAACUUGAAAAAGACCUCGAUCAAGACCGCUGAGGAUUUCGACAAAAAGACCAAAAAGGAGAUUGCUACUGCAAAGAAGGAGUUUACAGAACGUGAAGAAAAAGCAGUUACCCAACAUGGCACCGAUAAGGAAACCCUUGAAAAGAACCACGAGGAACUCCUUGCUACCAAAAAGCAAGAACUCGAGGAUGCAAAGACAGGCCAAGACAAGGCUACCGAGGAAAUCGAGGCUCUUCAAGAAAAGAAAACCAAGUUGGACAAUAGCAACACAGAGUUGGCUGAUGAGAUUGAAAAACUUUCUGCUAUUGUUAAUGAAAAGAAUGUCAAAUUGGACGACUUGGUUUCCCAAUACGAGACUCACGAGAAAGCCAUUGACUCAAACUUGAAUCAAACCAAGGACUUGAACGACAAAAUUGAUGUUAUCAACAAGGACUUGGAUGAGAAAAAGUCAACUCAUAAAGGGUUGACUGCGGAAGUUGCAGCUUUGGGUGCAGCUAUUGGUGCUUACACUGCUAAAUUAUCCGACUUGGACUCUGACAAGCAAGACAGAACCAAGAGGUUGGCAGACGCUAAGGAAAAGAUGACAACUUGGCAAGCAGACAAGGAUAAGUUGGCUGAGGAGGCUGCAAGAGAGCACGAGCGUCAAAGAGUACAAGCUACCCAGGAGUACGAGACAAGAAAGCACCAAGAGGAAUUGGAGAGACAAAGACAAAAAGAAGAAGAAGAGAGACUUGCAAAAGAAGAAGAGGAGAGACAAGCUAAAUUGAAGGCAGAAGAGGAAAAGAGACAAGCCGAGGAAGAAGAAAGACAAGCCAAGUUGAGAGCUGAAGAAGAGGAACGCAAGAGACAAGAAGAGCUCAAGGCCAAAGAGUUGAAAGAGAAGGAAAAGAAAAGCGCGUCAGUGACUGCAGCUAUCAAAGAAAAAGAAGCAACUCAAAAAGACCUUGAGAAAGAACGUAACCAACAUGAUGCACUUUUCCAAAAAGGAUCAUACGAAGGUGAGGAGACAAACUACCAAGCUGCACAAAAGAAUAGAUUGAGAGAUGAGAUUACCAAUUUGCAGAAAAUCAAGGACUUGAGAGAAGAGAGAGCCACAUACACUGGAGAAGACCCUAAAUCUUCAGAACUCGAUACAUUGAUUGACGAGAGGAAAAAGGCGAUUGAGAAGUUAAACACCAAGCAAGCUGAAACUAAAUCGACCCCGAAAGUUUCCAAGAGCGCUGAAGCUCCAGUUGGAGCAAGCAUUGUGGGAGCUGGAGCUGUAGGUGCAGGUGCUAUUGGAGCCGGUGCAGUGGGAGCUGGUGGUAGUGGCAAUGCCAAUGUAGCCAAUGCAUCAUCUGGUUUCAACCUGGCAUCUGUUCCUCAAAUUCCUACUGCUCACUCGGAAACAGCUAAGGACUACAACCAAAAAGAGAUCAAGUCAAACUAUGCUGACCCAAAAGCUUCAAUCCCAGAGUUUCCACAGCAAAAAGAUAAAAGCAACAACACCAACAACACCAACACCACUACUACUGGAGGUAAUGUUGCAGCAUUAGAAGCUCCGGUAUCUAAGGAUAUUACCAACGAGUACAACCCUAAAGCGCAAGAAUCCAACUAUUCUGACCCAAAAGCUUCCAUUCCAGAAUUUAAGCAGGGUAACAAUAAGAGCAACAACACGACCACCACUACCACCACCAACGUUGCUGCUUUGGAAGCUCCAGUAUCAAAAGACAUUGCCGACAACUACAAUUCCAAGGCUAUCAAUUCCAACUACGCUGACCCAAAAGCAUCUAUUCCAACCUAUGAGGAAUCAGAAAACGUCAAUGACAAAAACAGCGGUAAAAGCGGUAGUGGUGCCAAGACCGCUAUUGGCGCUCUCACAGGAGGUGCAAUUGGAGCUGGUGCAGCCAGUGCAGCCAGUGGUAGUAACUCUGCCCAACAGCAAUCAGAGCCUCACAAGUCCAAUAGUUUGACCGAUAGAUUCAAGAAUUGGGGACGUAGACGUUCAUCAAAGGACAGCUCUUCUUCAUCCACCAACAAGGAUGUUGAAAAAGCCGGAAAAGCCGGAAAAGCUGGAAAAGCUGAACAAACCGAAAAGAAUAAGAAUGCAGGAAUAGUCUCUUCUUCCGCAGCUUCUAAGAAUGCUGAGAAAACUCCAGCUACUGCUGCUAUUGUUCCAAAAGGUGACCAGACUGUAGGAGGUGUCAACGCCAGAGAUGUUGAAAGCAGUUCCCAACAACCACCACAAAGCAAGGAGGCACAAAAAGCGCCAUCUAUCCGUGAUGACUCUUCCUACGAAGUCCAAUCUGUUUACGAGGUUGUUACAGAAGCCGAGUAUGAAGCACACAAGAACAAUCCAGACUAUUUGGAAGUGAGUGAAGAGGAGUACAGAAGACACAAGCAAUUGGAGAAGCAAGUGAACCUCGUUGAAAAGUUGUCUUAA